CAGCCACAAACGUUUUCCCAGCACAGGAAGCUGUUCAGAAGCCGGUGGGAGCAACUCGUUACAGAAUAGUCCCAUUAGGAACCUCCCUCACUGGAACUCCCAGUCCAGCAUGCCAUCCACCCCGGACUUGCGGAUCCGCAGUCCCCAUUAUGUUCAUUCCACAAGGUCAGUUGAUAUCAGCCCCACCAGGCUGCACAGUUUAGUUCAGCACUUUAGACACCGGAGCUCAAGCUUGGAGUCACAAGGAAAGCUUUUGGGUUCUGAAAAUGAAACUGGGAGCCCGGAUUUUUACACCCCAAGGACUCGAAGCAGUAAUGGCUCUGAUCCAAUGGAUGACUGUUCUUCUUGUACUAGCCAUUCCAGUUCUGAGCACUACUACCCAGCUCAGAUGAAUCCGAACUACUCUACUUUGGCUGAGGACUCGCCCUCCAAAGCCAGGGAGCGGCAAAGGCAUAGACAUAAAUCCAAUGGAAACCUGGUAUCUUCCAAUUCAGGGAGCAUGCCCAAUCUGGCUGCUAGGAACGGAACAGGGCACCACGGUGUCUACCUGCACAGCCAGAGUCAGCCUUCUUCUCAGUAUAGGAUAAAAGAAUACCCUCUGUAUAUUGAAGGGAGCUCAACUCCUGUCGUUGUGCGGAGUCUAGAAAAUGAUCAAGAAGGGCACUACAGUGUCAAAGCACAAUUCAAAACAUCAAACUCCUACACUGCUGGGGGGAUGUACAAAGAAAACUGGUAUGGGGAUGGUGUGGACCAUGUAAAACUAACACCUUCCCGUUCUCAAAUAGUAAGGACUCCAUCGCUCGGGAGAGAGGGUAAUGAAAAGGGCCCUGUUAGGACUGUGGUAUCUGAUGAGUUACGGCAUUGGUACCACCGAUCCUCGUCAUCUCACAAGGAGCACAACAGGCUUUCACAUACCAGUUCUAACUCUUCAGACAGUGGCUCCCAGUACAGCACAUCUCAAAGCACCUAUGUGGCACACAGCAGAGUAACAAGAAUGCCUCCGAUGUGUAAAGCAACAACAGCUGCCUUACCUCACGGUCAGAGGAGUUCCACGCCUUGCAGUGAUCUGACAACUCCCCCUACCAGCCCUCACCACAUCCUAACCUGGCAGACUGGGAGCUACGAUAACUGCUACCUAGAGUCUGCACUGUAUCCAGAACUAGCUGAUGUACAGUGGUAUGGACAAGAAAAAGCCAAGCCCGGUACUCUUGUGUGACCCACAUUAUCAUAACAAUGCCAUUUGGAGAUCACCUCACUGCCUCUCAUUUGCCUUACCCAGAUGCACUAUCAUCCCACACCAGCUUCUUCUACAAGCACUUUUCAUUUCAAGUGAGGAACCCAUGCAAAUGAGGAACCCAGACCAACUCCUGCUAUGUGCAACAGUGUUGAAAAUCAGGGAGGCUGUUGACUCUGAUGUGCCUCCAAAUCCAUGUACAAUGUAUUGAAAAAAACUGUGAAGGACGCUUAUUUGUUUUCAGCUGGAUGCAUUUUUCUACUACCCAGGAAUAAAAUCACCAACAUCAAAAAAACUGGACAUAAAAUUAUUUUUAAAAACCCUGAAAUGAAGGUCAACAGAGCACUAGGAACAUGAAUUGUUUUUUUCUUUUUCGGGGGAACUAAUAUUUUGCUAUUUCUAAAAUCCAAAUUUUAUUUAUACUUUUAAAAGAGGCAUAAAAAAAAAACUGACAUGUUGAAAUGUCUCGGAAUUGAGGUCAGUUUUAAUCUAACCAAAGAAAAAGAUCAAACAAGAAACGAGAGUUGAAAAAUAUCUGUUAAAUGAAAAACUCUUGGCUGUGUUCAUAGUUACUGUUUUGUAAGUACUAUAUGUGGGAUAGAUUUUUUUUUUCUAUACAAUUAGUGCAACUAUUGAACAAUUAAUAUGGUAAUAAUUCCUGUGACUUGGCUAGAAUUUUAACACUGUAAAUUAAUUAUUUUCUGGUUCCGAUGAACAGAAAUAAAACUUUUGAAAGACCAUGUAUCUCUGUGGAUAGAGAGCUAAGUUUUCUCUGAAACACACUUGUUUUCUGCCUCUGGUAAUAAUAUCCCAAAAAAGAACAAACAGUAUGAUUGAAAGGGGAAAGGUUUAUACCUAUUUGCAAUAUAAUCAACAACCAAUCUGAGCAAAGCAGAUGGUUUUUGGAGCAUGAAAAUUUAAUUGUAUAAAAUACAAGAUUCCACUUCUUAUAGCACUUGUGAAUCAAAGCGCUCUCAUUCUGUGCGCAUACUUAAUUUUGUUUUCAAGCACAUAAAGGUUUAAAGGGACAUGAUUGUCCUAAUGUUAAAAUACUUGAAAGUGAUGCAGCCAACAUAACGGUAAAAAGCUGACUAGAAAAUAUUACCAAAACAUCUCUAUGUAAAAAAAGGAAGAUCAUUAACCUCAACAUUUCCUCAGUAGCCACAUCCCAUUGUAAAGGGAUUCUAAGCAACCAAUCAGAAUGCUAGUCCCGGGACUUGCAAGGGAGGGUCCAUUUGUCAUAAGCAGGCACACCAAUGUUAUUUCCCUCCUAGUUUACUAUGAAAUAUUGUGAGAUUUGAGUGAUAUCUCAAGAGAACAAUGUAAAGCAAAGUGUAACAUCAGUACUGAUAAAGGUGAUUAGCAGUUUUUUGUGUUUUUUCUCUCUCUCAAUAUACAGCUGUCAGUCGCUAAAGCAUAACUGUUCACAGAGCACUUACUAUUGUGAGCCAAAGAAAUUUUAAGGUAAAAUAUCUUCUUUUUUUACCUAGAGAUGAUCAGGUGAUGUUUUCUUGUCAGCUUUAUAUAGAAUAUGGGUAUUAUGUCUCUUUAAGGAAGUUUUAAGGGACCACUACUCCUUUUUUGUUAUAAAUCGCUUCUUUGAUACCAACCUAUUUAAAAGUUUUUAAAGUAGUUGGAAAAAUGUACAAUUUUUUAUGUUUGUAAAACAUCUCAACAUGUUUUCCAAAGUAUUUCUGGCCCAAUGUCUAACCUGAAUUUGGUGUCUUUAAAUUAAACAAUGUACAGUUGUUUUUAA